CCUCUGUGUUGCAUUGGCUUGUUUCUAGGGUUUUCUGUACUUGGUGUGUUUGUUGUGUCUCUGCUGCAGUCACCUCUCUGCCUCCUUGUCUUGAAGUUGCAGUUUCUCCAGUGACUGUAGAGCCCUCUUUUUUUUGAAUUGUCUCAGUUUUAACCUUCAUGCACAAGGCCAGUUUUGCCUCUGUUUGAUGCUUGUGUUGGCUCUCCCCUGGCAUUUGUCUCAGCAAGUGUUUAGCCUCCUCUUAUGUUGUUGCUUUUGCAUUUUUGUCUCUUCCAUCCACAUCUAUAGAGCCUGCAGUUCAUCCUUAGCCCUACCAAGCUGGUGCUCUUGUCUUUAGCCAUAGGUCUACCAUGUGGAUCUCCUUUUUGGUGUGGAGCCUGUUGUGUUUGAUCAUCUCCACCUGGUGGGUCUUGGCUUGGAUCUCUGCCUCCGAACUCUGCUGCAGUUGUUGUACCUCUUUCUAGAUAUUGUGUUUUUGGAUGUCUGUUACUGUUUUUUUUUUCUUUGCUGUGUCCUCUCUUCUUCCAUGUGCCAUUGUAAUUUUUGUGCUUCUAGCUCUGCUUGUACUUUGGCCUGGCCAUGUGUCUUGGUCAACUGUUUUAGUCACUCUGUCUUUCAACUGCCAGCGAGACUGUGUGAUCUUCUGCUCAGCAUGUUCUUAAUCUUCCUCAGCUUCCUCAGUUGCUUGCUGAGUUGCCUGUCUUGCCACGAAGCCAUGCCAGGAUGGUCAUAUGUUUUCUUUCUCCAUCUGUAGUCACUUCUGGGCAGCCUCUUAGAUCAGCUGUGACUGUUGAGCUGACUUGUUUUGUUCAUUCCUGCAGGUGUUGAGCCUCUUUCACUUUGGCCUUGAGUUGCUCAGCUUUCUCCAGUAUAGCCUUGUGGUGCCUUGUGGCUUCCUCCUCAGUUGUCAGGCUCUUUUGCAUAUGUUCUUUGGCCUCGUGGAGCCACAAUUUUGUUUUGUUUUGUUUUCCCACUGCUCACUGUUGCUGCUGAGCAGCCUCCAGUUUUGCUAGUUUCUUGCUAUGCAAUAUGUUCUUGGCAUUUGCUGCGGAUGUGUCCCAACUCCAGUUUUAGGUCUAUCUUGCUUACAGUAGCUUUCUCGGUACCCACCUUCCAUGUAAGGAUCUUUUUUAUUUGUUGCUGUUGCCUCAGUGUCUCCUCCUUCGGUUCCUGUUGCUUGAGCUUACUCUUUGAUGUCUUGUGCAGCUGGGUGAGGUGCUCCUCAAUGUCAGUCUUGUGCUAUGUUGUCUCUGCUUUAUCCCUGUGGCCUAAAAGCGAUUUGGGCCUGUAGUUUUAGAGUAGGUCCUUUUUCAGUAGGGGAACUGCCACUUCCAGCACAACUCUUGAAGUUUCAGGGGGAAGGAUGGCAAGAGGAUGGAGAAAUAAAGCCUGGAGCUGGCAGGACGCUGCUGCUGAGGUCUAUGCUCAGAGCUGAAACUCCUGGCACGGCUGCUUCCACUCUGCAGCUGCCUUCACCCAGGAAAAGUCACCUUAGAGGGAUGUGGCAGGCAUGAAGCCCUGUGGACUUCGAGCACCAAGUGUCUGAGCUUUAAGAAGUCUGCUUGCAAUGUGCAUUCCAGUUGGCUUGCCCUCUGGAUCUUCUUCCCAUGACUAGAAGUUAUUACACCCUGUGUCUUUGGGGCCAUGGUUGUGGAUACUUAACUCUUGUGGCCCAGAGGUGAUGAAAGCAGAACACUUGCACUGAAAGUCCUGGUCUACCCUGAGGCCCCAGCCACCCAAGAGGAGACCGACUGUGGGAGACCGUGCUCAAGAUGUGAGCAAAGUCUGAUCAGACUUUGGAUCUGAUCUGUGAGCCAGAGAUCAGAGGUGCAAGUGGCCUUGCUUCUAGGACCCUGACCUAGUGGAGUUGUUGGAGGGUGCUCCGGGCUGUCCCUCACUGGGCUCUGGGUCCUCUCUGCCAGAAAAUUAUCCUCCCAGUGACCACAGCCUCAUGCACUCAGCCAGCUUGCAUGAGCUCCACAUGACUCAGCAGCCUGAGCUGUGCUGACCACUGACUGCCCUGGUGGCCUGUGCUGAUGUUUGCAGCUCUCAUCCUGGAAGGGCAGACCCUGCUGUCCUCUUGCUCCCUGGCAUGGCCCUACAGUGCCUCGCGCUUCUGGCUGGCCUUCUGGUGGGAGUCGCCAGCAAGUCCACAGAGAACAAGGCCCAGCAGCCAGAGUGUUGUGUGGAUGUGGUGGACAUCAAUGCCACCUGCCCUGGAACAAACCUCUGUGGCCCAGGCUGCUACAGGCAUGGGAAUGCAGAUGGGAGCAUCAGCUGUGUGCAAUGCCAGAAUGGGACCUUCCCAGUCUACAACGCCUCCGAGUGCAGAAGCCUCACUGGCUGGGGUGCUCAGUUUCCCAUGAACAGGAGCACAGGGACGCCUGGCUGGCCACAUUUUGGGGCUCCUCGUGUGGUGGUCUCCCUCUUCCUGGGAACAUUCUUCAUCAGCAUGGGUCUCAUCCUCUCUGUAGCUGGGUUCUUUUACCUGAAGCGCGCCAGUAAGCUCCCCAGGAUCUUCUACAGGAGUGAUAAAGCCCCAGCCCUGCAGCCCAGUGAAGCCGCUGCGAUGAUCCCUGCACCCCAGUCCUCAGUGCGGAAGCCUAGAUAUGUGAGACGCGAGAGGCCCCCAGACAGGGCUAUGGACAGCUCUGCCUUCCCUGCGGUGGAUGCUCGCAUCAGCAAUGUCUGACCUGGAGGCUGAGACCCUACCACCCUGUGCCAUGGAGCCUGGACUGCCCCUUGGAUGAGCCAGCAGAGGGCAUGUCACCUGGGGCCUGGGAUGGACCUGGUAUGGUUGGAGCCGACAUCACCUCCCUUUCAUCCCUCCCAUGUUGCUCAGUGAUCGGACCAGGAGCUUGGGAGCAAAGGGGUGGGGUGCAGGCCCUCAGGAGACAGGCAAAAUUCAGGACCAGCUCAGGCUGCGGGUACCCCAGGCUGCUUUGCCCCUCAGAAGGACCCUCACCCUUGAGCCCAUGUCGGGCAGGACCCUCACACCCCCAGCCAAAGAGCCUCACAAACCUCUCUGAAGGGAAUGAGAGCAAGGCUCAGACAUAAGGGAGGUCAUAGCCUCUGUGGCUGAGGUACCUCAGAAUGAACUAUCCCAUAGUGGCCAAGCCCGCAAGCCACAGCUUUGCACUUCCAGGAGUCCCUUGGCCUCAGGUUGUUAUCUCAGUGUUGACGGAAGAAGCUGAGGUGCUUCUGUACGCAGAGGCUGGGUCUUCGCCUAGGCUGGGCAGACCCUCGUCCACAGGGGCAGACUGCAGCCAGCAGACACUCACACCAGCCACCCACAGUGAUGUGUCCGCACAUGGAGACCCACCCCUGAAGCCACCAGGCACUGGCCUCGCUGAGCUGCCAAAGGCGUGCCAGCUGGUGGCCCUUGUCCAGUGGCACUGAAUGUAGGUUGCUGUGGAGGAUGCUCUUUUGCAGCCAUCUCCUGUAUGCUGGGCUUGGUGCAUGGUCCAGCCCAGGCCUGGGGGUAUCCAGCACCAUCCCCCUCAGUGACUGGCCCAUGUUGGAGGGACCUGACCCGCUGGCACCAUGAUGCACAUUUGGAGUUUACUGUUCAUCGACACUCACAGGAGCUUGCUUGGGGCGAGCUGACAGCCUCUUCCACAGUGAGGGUGUGGGCCACCCAUGUGAAGUCAGAUCAAGUAAACCCUUUGAAGCUUCUC